AUGACGUCCUCUUUCAAGUCCUUCCUCAAUCGCCUGACACCCAAUCAAUCCAGUGCAAACCUUAGCACCAUCACAGCCGGCUUCGCAAAAGCAGAGAAACCCACGGAGCUGUUCCCAAAGACAGAUCCAACGGUUGACGGCGAGGAAUGCCUGCAUGACUGCGCAACAUGCACGAUCAGCUACCCCUCCAAAUGGAGUAUAGACGAGGAGGAGGAGGUUUACGGUCAUAUCAAAGGCUGGCAGACCCAUCUGCUCGUAGCAACUGGCGAGACAGAUUGGGUACGCGACGUAGCUGAUGAGGAAGGCAGCAUAAUGGAGGCUAUCGAGAGAGGUCCAACAAAACCGACGAGCGGCAGACUUAUGCUAUCCGCGUCCAACAUGCCUUUGCCCAGCACUCUGCACCACGACCCGAGCCUCGCAGGCACAAGCUCUGUCCUGCUUCUUCCCGCCUUUACUAUCAUCGAGAACGUUACACCGGCAAACGUUCCCAAUCUCAUUACCACCUUCGUCGACACAGCACCUACAAACACCACCCCGCUCGUCCACCCGCCCCCGCUCUCCCCAGACCUCCCGCGUAGCGCUAGCCCCUCUCCUAUGGCCACACCUCCGCCCACAGAGAUCGAAAUGUCUGAGCCGCCGCUGACGGCGCGCCCCUGCCCACACGACUACCUCAUUCUGCUCUGCAGCCAGAAAACCCGCGACGCGCGCUGCGGGCAGUCCGCGCCGCUCCUGCGCCGCGAGCUUGAGCGCCAUCUACGACCGCUGGGACUGUAUCGCGACCUACACGACGAGCGGCCAGGAGGUGUGGGAAUCUACUUCAUCAGCCACGUCGGGGGUCAUAAGUUUGCUGCGAAUGUGAUGGUGUAUCGGAGGGCCAAGGCAGGAAAAGCAGCUAGCCGUAACGGCUUCAGUGGAAGAGGGCUAGAGGUUGAGAAUGGUGACAAGAGGAGUGGUAGCAGGAGGGAUGGGAAGGAGGUGGAAGAGAGGGAUAUGGAGGCGGCGCAAUGUAUCUGGCUCGCGAGGGUCAGGCCGGAGGAUUGUGAGAACAUUGUGCGGUAUACAGUACUGCAGGGGAAGGUGGUAAAGCCGGAGCGGCAGCUGAGAGGCGGGUUUGACAGGGGAAGAGGGUUGGUGAGCUGGUAG